GUGGCAAUUCUAAAUGAUGGGGUGGGCAAUCCCCGGUUUCCCCCAAUCCAAUCCAAGAAGAAGCCGAUUGGUGGAACUGGAAACUCCAUCUCCAUUCCCUCGUACGUACCUACAUGCUUCCCCGUUUCUGUAACUUCCUCCGCCGCCACCCUUCUCUCGACAUGGCGCGCGCCAUCGGGCCUCACCUCCAUCAUUUCCAUUAUGCCUCACCCGCCACCCGUUUCCCUCUCUCUCCUUCAAUCUCUUCUCCGCUCCUCCGCCAUAACGAACCGUCGGGGAAGAAGAAGAAGAUUCAGCCUUUUGUGGUAUCAAUGGGGGGACAUAGCCAUAGGGAGUAUAGGAAAGUGAGGAGGCGAGCACCGAAGAGCAAAGAGAAGCAACUGGAGCUCUGCGCCGACAUUUGCAUCGAAGAGGAUUUGCCUGACGAUCCUGAAAUCUUUAACAUCGCGGAGAUGCUUCGCCUAAAUGUUCCAACGGCAAUGAAACUGGCAUUUGAUGGUUUGAAAGGUUCAGGGUAUAAAACAAGAGAUACUGCUAUAAGUGAUGUUGGCGAGUUUCAAAGUGUUGAGUUAUCAGUGCUUCUUUGCAAUGAUGUGUUUAUUCGACAACUUAAUAAGGAAUGGAGAGGUGAAGAUCAUGCUACUGAUGUUCUCUCAAUGUCACAACAUGUACCUGGCCUCAAGCUUCCUAUUCUUAUGUUGGGUGAUAUCGUAAUUUCUGUAGAGACAGCUGCUAGACAAGCUGAGGAAAGGGGACACACUCUUCUUGAUGAGAUCCGUAUCCUCAUGGUUCAUGGUUUGUUACAUCUUUUGGGAUUCGAUCAUGAAAUAAGUGAAGAAGCGGAAGUAGAAAUGGAGAAACAGGAGGAACUACUUUUGAAGAGUCUUGAUUGGAAAGGAAAAGGGCUAAUAAAGAGUGCAUAUGAUAUUGUAACAAAUUCUAAUUCUCACCAAGACUGUUCAGAUGACAGGAAGCAAGAAGGAAGUCUUAGAUUUUACAAACCAAAGUUUAGCUAUAUCUUCUGUGAUAUGGAUGGAACAUUGCUGAACAGCAGAAGUCAAAUUUCUAGUGCAACUGCCAAGGCUCUGAGAGAAGCCUCGUCAAGUGGGGUGAAAAUUGUGAUAGCUACUGGAAAAGCUCGUCCAGCAGUGAUAGAUAUUUUUAAGAUGGUGGAUUUAGCUGGAAAAGAUGGCAUUGUUUCAGAAUUUUCACCUGGGGUUUUCUUACAGGGUUUGCUUGUUUAUGGUAGACAAGGUCAGGAAAUAUUUAGGAGCAACUUAGAUCCAAACAUCUGUAGAGAGGCAUGUCUUUACUCUUUGGAGAGUAAGGUUCCACUUAUUGCAUUUUCAGAAGGUCGUUGCUUAACCCUUUUUCACGACCCACUUGUUGAUUCACUACAUACAGUAUACCAUGAACCGAAGGCUGAGAUUAUGCCUUCUGUUGAACAUCUUCUGGCUUCAGCAGACAUACAGAAAAUGAUUUUCAUGGACACUGCCCAGAGGGUGGCUAAUACUUUACGGCCACACUGGUCAGAUGCCACAAGAGGUCGUGCCACUGUUGUUCAAGCUGUGCCAGACAUGCUGGAAAUUGUACCAUUGGGAACAUCAAAAGGGAAUGGAGUGAAAGUGCUGCUAGAUCAUUUGGGGGUUACUGCCAACGAGAUAAUGGCUAUUGGUGACGGGGAAAAUGAUAUCGAGAUGCUUGAGCUGGCUUCUCUAGGCAUCGCACUUAGUAAUGGAUCAGAGAGGACCAAAGCUGUGGCUAGCGUAAUUGGUUUGAGCAAUGAUGAAGAUGGUGUAGCAGAUGCCAUAUACCGGUAUGCAUUCUAAGCAGCUGAAGGCUACAAUAUUCAUCUCCUAAUAUUCAAUGUGGAUUAUUCCUUUUUUUUUAUUACCAUCUCUUUUCCCACACAAAAGGCUAAUGCUGAAGAAAGUAUAUCAUGUCAUUCAUCUCAGUCAUCAAUCCUUUUACCCUAAAGGUUGUAUAUGGUUUAUGCUGAACGGCGUGCCAGCUUUUCUUCCCCUUUUAUAUUGACUUAUGAUGGAAAAUUCUGGCUGUCACUGAACAAUCAUAGAAGAAAUUAAAAUUUUCAAAUUUUCAGGGAGCAA